AUGGCCUUCCUAUCCGACUAUUUACAGCAUCGUCGGGACUGUAAAUUCAAACAAUCCGAACGUGCACAGCGGAUACGAGAUCUUAACAGCUACCACGGCCCAUUUACCGCUCCGGAACGGAAAGUGCUCUCCAAGCCAAUCGAAGAGCUAGUCCAAGAUGUCCACAAGCAGGUCAUACAGCCCAUUGAUAUCCUACGCGCCUAUGGGAAAGCGGCGAUCAAAGCGCACGAGAAAACCAAUUGUAUCACGGAAGUUAUGAUCGGUGCUGCGGAGAGCUGGGUUGCCGAUGAAAGCAUAAAUGUAAAAGGGCCGCUGGCUGGUAUUCCCGUUAGCUUGAAGGACACGAUUGUCGUCGGAGGCUUUGAUACCACCGUGGGCUACAGUAGCAAUGUGGGGAACAAAGUGGAGAAAGAUGGGGGUAUGGUGAAGUUGUUGAAGGAUGCUGGGGCCGUGCCGUAUGUUAAAACGAAUCUGCCUAUCACAUUGUUGAGUUUUGAGUCUACGAAUGAUGUUUGGGGGCGAUGCACAAACCCGCAUAAUGAUAAGUAUUCUCCUGGCGGUUCGACGGGUGGAGAAAGCGCGUUACUUGCUGCGGGCGGCGGGAGGAUUGGUAUUGGCUCUGAUGUUGCAGGGAGUGUCAGGGUCCCAGCACAUUUCUCUGGGAUUUACGCUUUACGGUGCUCUACUGGGCGAUGGCCCAAGGCUGGAAUCUUGACUAGUAUGCCGGGCCAGGAAGGUAUUCCCAGUGUCUUUAGCCCAAUGGCAAGAACAUUAGGAGACCUUACAUACUUCACAAAAUCCCUGAUCAGUAUGGAACCAUGGAAAUACGACCACUCGGUCCAUCCCAUAUCAUGGCGUCCUGAAAUAGAGCGGGAAAUUCAACAGACGAAGAAGUUUAGAGUUGGUCUGCUCAAAACUGAUGGCGUCGUUGACCCUAGCCCAGCCUGUGCAAGAGCGCUCGAUGAAGUGGUAGCAGCGUUGAGGAAAGCAGGCCACGAAGUCAUCGAUAUAAAUCCCCCAUCACCAUACGAAGCCCUCUGCCUCGCUUCCCAACUCCUCAAUUCUGACGGCUGCAAAACAUUUAAAUCAUUCCAACGAACGGGGGAAUGGAUGGAUCCCGGCGUGAAGCAGAUGAGCUGGCUUAUGUCACUUGCCUCUCCUUUCAAGUGGAUCUACUACCUUUGGGUUAAGUAUGUCCGACGCGAUGAAAUUUGGGCUGGUAUUGUCCAGGGUUGGAAGGAGAAGUCUGCUUAUGAACAGUGGAAGUUAGUCGCGAAGAGGGAGGCGUAUAAAGCUCAGUGGCAUGAGUGGUGGGAACAAGAGACGAAGAUUGAUUUUAUGAUUACGCCCCCGAACGCGACACCUGCUGUUCCGCAUGAUGGGAUGCACGAUGCUGUGAGCAGUUGCGGUUAUACAUUUUUAUUCAACAUGCUUGAUUAUAGUUCCGGUGUUAUGCCCAUCACGCAUGUUGAUAAAUCCCUCGAUCAACUCCCUGAGACAUUCAAUAUCAAGAAGUUGAAUGGCGUGGCACAGGGCGCUUAUAAACAUUAUGAUGCCACUGCAAUGCAUGGGCUUCCUGUUGGUAUUCAGGUUGUCGGCCAGAGGCUACAAGAGGAGAAAGUCUUGGCUGUUAUGAAGAGGAUUGAGGAGGCGCUCGGGAAUGAGAAAUAUCAGCUACUGGAGAUUGAUUAA